AUGACAUGACUACAGGCUGCUCUACUAUACACACUACGGGCUGUCACACGCUACAUGACAUGACUACAGGCUGCUCUACUAUACACACUACGGGCUGUCACACGCUACAUGACAUGACUACAGGCUGCUCUACUAUACACACUACGGGCUGUCACACGCUACAUGACAUGACUACAGGCUGCUCUACUAUACACACUACGGGCUGUCACACGCUACAUGACAUGACUACAUGCUGCUCUACUAUACACACUACGGGCUGUCACACGCUACAUGACAUGACUACAGGCUGCUCUACUAUACACACUACGGGCUGUCACACGCUACAUGACAUGACUACGGGCUCACAUGCUACAUGACACGACUACGGGCUGUCACACGCUACAUGACAUGACUACAGGCUGCUCUACUAUACACACUACGGGCUGUCACACGCUACAUGACAUGACUACGGGCUGUCAUGCUACAUGACAUGACUACGGGCUGUCACACGCUACAUGACAUGACUACAGGCUGCUCUACUAUACACACUACGGGCUGUCACACGCUACAUCACAUGACUACGGGCUGUCACACGCUACAUGACAUGACUACAGGCUGCUCUACUAUACACACUACGGGCUGUCACACGCUACAUGACAUGACUACGGGCUGUCACACGCUACAUGACAUGACUACGGGCUGUCACACGCUACAUGACAUGACUACGGGCUGUCACACGCUACAUGACAUGACUACGGGCUGUCACACGCUACAUGACAUGACUACGGGCUGUCACACACUACAUGACAUGACUACGGGCUGUCACACACUACAUGACAUGACUACGGGCUGUAACACGCUACAUGACAUGGCUACGGGCUGUCACACGCUACAUGACAUGACUACAGGCUGCUCUACUAUACACACUACGGGCUGUCACACGCUACAUGACAUGACUACAGGGCUGUCACACGCUACAUGACAUGACUACGGGCUGUCACACGCUACAUGAGAUGACUACGGGCUGUCUCACGCUACAUGACAUGGCUACGGGCUGUCACACGCUACAUGACAUGGCUACGGGCUGUCACACGCUACAUGACAUGACUACGGGCUGUCACACGCUACAUGACAUGACUACGGGCUGUCACACGCUACAUGACAUGGCUACGGGCUGUCACACGCUACAUGACAUGACUACGGGCUGUCACACGCUACAUGACAUGACUACGGGCUGUCACACCCUACAUGACAUGACUACGGGCUGUCACACACUACAUGACAUGACUACGGGCUGUCACACACUACAUGACAUGACUACGGGCUGUCACACGCUACAUGACAUGACUACGGGCUGUCACACGCUACAUGACAUGACUACGGGCUGUCACACGCUACAUGACAUGACUACGGGCUGUCACACGCUACAUGACAUGACUACGGGCUGUUACACGCUACAUGACAUGACUACAGGCUGCUCUACUAUACACACUACGGGCUGUCACACGCUACAUCACAUGACUACGGGCUGUCACACGCUACAUGACAUGACUACAGGCUGCUCUACUAUACACACUACGGGCUGUAACACGCUACAUGACAUGACUACAGGCUGCUCUACUAUACACACUACGGGCUGUCACACACUACAUGACAUGACUACGGGCUGUCACACGCUACAUGACAUGACUACGGGCUGUCACACGCUACAUGACAUUACUACGGGCUGUCACACGCUACAUGACAUGACUACGGGCCGUCACACGCUACAUGACAUGACUACGGGCUGUCACACCCUACAUGACAUGACUACGGGCUGCUCUACUAUACACACUACGGGCUGUCACACGCUACAUGACAUGACUACGGGCUGUCACACGCUACAUGACAUGACUACGGGCUGUCACACGCUACAUGACAUGACUACGGGCUGUCACACGCUACAUGACAUGACUACGGGCUGUCACACGCUACAUGACAUGACUACAUACAGUGAAUGUCUGAAUCCGACAGUUCAGAUUGAUCAUAAGUCAAUGUUAUGUUUAUUCUGCUCUAUUUUGUGGUUGGGUGGUGGUUGGGUGGUGUUUGGGCAAUCAAACCUGCUACACAUUAUAGAGUUAGGUUGAUCCAGUCAAUCAUCGCACUGUGUUAAAACUAUUAUUGUACUAGCUACUGUGUUCACAGUGGCUGUUACCAUUUAAUGCUUCGGAUCAUACAUAAGACAAUUGAAUGAAUGGUUCAUGUAUUUUUUUUAUGUACAAUAAAAUGUAUUUUGUUAUCAAAAUCAA